AGUGAAGAACAGGGAAGUAUGGCAUGCUGCAGCCCCUGGGGUUACAAAGAGUCGGACACGACUUAGUGACUGAACAACAACUCUUUCUCUAAUGAGGGUGUUGUGUCAUGUCCCCAGGAGUGAAUGUUGAAUGCAUCUGACAGGAGUGGGUAUAUGUGUGUUUAUGGGAGUGUAUCCUUGUAUUUUUUUCUAGAAUGAAAAUUCUUUUGCUUUUUUGAUUGGUUCUGAAUUUUUACCUCUUAAAGAUUAUUCAGCAAGUUAAAGAUAUGUUUGUGUAUUUCCUAUUGGGUGGGCUUCUAGGGAGGGACCUGUAAUAGAAAAAGGUUUCUUCCUCAGAAGUCCCAGAGGGCUAGAGUCAGAUCUAGACUGGAUUUCCUGAUUGUUCAUUUGUUCAUUCAUUCACUUGAGCAUCUAUACAUUCAGCAAAUAAUUUAUUGAUCUCUAGGUACUGGGGGUGCAACAGAGAAACCUUGUCCUCAGUGAGCUUACAUUGUAGUAGGAAAGAUAGAUAAAUGAAUAGGCAAAUAAAUAUUUUUAGAAAAUAAAAUGCAGACAAAAGGAGGACUAGAAAGCUAGAGAGUGAAGGUGGGAAAAUGAAGUUUUGAUAGAAUUGUUAAGUAAGUUCUCUUUGAGGAAAUGGCAUUUGGAAAGAACCGAGUGAUGUGAACAUUGUGAAGAUCAGGAAAAGUGCAUUCCAGACAGAGGAAAGAGCUAGUGUUCAAGAAAGUCUCCUAUGAGUGAAGUAUGAGUGAGAAGGGGGCACGUAGGAAGUUAUACAGAUUAGAUUAGAUAGUGCCCUAGAGGCCAAGGUAAAGGACUUGGAUUAUUACCAGUGUGAUGGGGAGUCAUUGGAGGGUUUUCAGCAGAGGAGAGAUGUAGUAUAAUUUAUGUUUUAAAACUCUGGUUGCUGUGUGGGGAAUAGAGUCUCAGAGGGGUAAGACUGGAGGCAUGAAGACCAGAUUGGAAGCUAUUGCAAUAGUGAGACAUGUUUGGAGGGUAUAGAUUAUAGGCUGAUGAACUGGAUAUUGGAGGUAAUAACAAGAAGAAAGAAGGAUGAUGCCCAGGUGUUUGACCUGAGCAAGUAGAUUUGUGGGUCUGGAUUGGGCAGUGACCUCUGGGCUCACUGUUCCAGCCUGGUGCAUCUUCUGGCUCCAUGGGCAGCUGUUGGCUCCUGCAGACCGGAUGAAGCAGACUAGAGACACAAGUGGAGAGAGCCUCCAGCUGGCGAGUUCUCAGAGUGUGACUCUCUGGCCGCCGGCCCGGCCCAGCCUGCCUCAUGGAGAGGAUGAACUGGCUGAGCAGACUGGCCUCCCGGGGCCCUGGGCACCGUGUACCACAAGGGGCCAGUCUGCAGACCCCUGUCAUGGCUGACCCUGAGACCUGCCUCAUGGUCUUUAAGAAUCACUGGUCCCAGGUGGUGCGAAUCCUGGAGCGGCAAGGCCCUCGGGCAGCUCCUGGGGGUGCUGAUGAUCUCAGUGCUGUGCGCAACCACACUUACCAGAUGCUGACACUCCUGGCAGAGGAUCGCACAGUGUCCUCCGUCCCCACAGCUCCUGGGCCCCUGCUUGAGUUUGCUCUGCGUGAGGAUCUGCUAACCCGUGUGUUGACAUGGCAGCUUCAAUGGGAUGAGCUUGGGGAUGGGGUUGAGGAACGGCGAGCUGAGCAAUUGAAACUCUUUGAAAUGCUAGUGAGCGAAGCUCGCCAGCCCCUGUUGCGGCAUGGUCCAGUUCGUGAGGCUCUACUGAUCUUGCUGGAUGCCUGUGGCCGCCCUGUGCCCAGUAGCCCAGCACUGGAUGAAGGCCUGGUGCUACUUCUCAGCCAGCUGUGCGUGUGUCUGGCCCGGGAGCCUUCAUUGCUCGAGUUCUUCCUGCAGCCACCUUCUGAACCUGGAGCUGCUCCCCGUCUUCUCCUCUUUUCUCGCCUUGUCCCUUUUGUUCAUCGAGAGGGCAGCCUGGGCCAGCAGGCCCGCGACGCCCUGCUGCUGCUUAUGGCUCUGUCAGCCGGAAGUCCCACCGUGGGCCGCUACAUCGCAGACCACUCAUACUUCUGCCCGGUGCUGGCCACAGGGCUGAGUGCCCUGUACUCAUCACUGCCCCGAAAGAUUGAAGUUCCAGGGGAUGAUUGGCACUGCCUGCGACGGGAGGACUGGCUCGGAGUGCCAGCCCUUGCGCUCUUCAUGAGUUCCCUAGAGUUCUGCAAUGCAGUUAUUCAGGUAGCUCAUCCUCUGGUGCAAAAGCAGCUGGUUGAUUAUAUCCAUAAUGGGUUCCUGGUGCCAGUCAUGGGCCCUGCCCUGCACAAGACCUCUGUGGAGGAGAUGAUCGCCAGUACCGCCUAUCUGGAACUUUUCCUACGGAGUAUUUCAGAGCCUGCCUUGCUCCGUACCUUCCUGCGAUUCCUGCUGUUACACCGGCAUGACACCCACACCAUCCUUGACACCCUUGUUGCCCGUAUUGGCAGCAACUCCCGGGUAUGGCCCCUACCUCUGUCCUGGCUUACCUGGCUCUGCAUGGUGUCUUUGAGUCUCUUCAGGACCCUUCUGAACCUCAGCUGUGAGGAUGUCCUGCUGCAGCUGGUUCUCAGGUAUCUUGUCCCGUGUAACCAUGUGAUGCUGAGCCAGAAGCCGGCUGUGCGUGAUGUGGACCUAUAUGGACGAGCCGCAGACAAGUUUCUCUCCCUAAUCCCACGCUGUUGUCGGCACCGUGCCUCCAGCCCACCUCGUCCAGAGCAUGCCUCAUGGGCACGAGGUGGGCCUAGCAGAGAGGCAGGGAGAAGGGAGGACACAACGGGCCCUGGAAGCCCAAGUGUUGACUCCUCUUCUGUGGUGACGGUACCCCGGCCCUCCACACCAUCUCGUCUAGCCCUCUUCCUGCGACAGCAGAGCCUGGGUGGCUCCGAGUCCCCAGCCCCAGCCCCUCGCUCACCAGGGCUUGCCACGUCCCCAGCCUCCAGCCCUGGCCGCCGGCCCAGCCCUGUGGAGGAGCCUGGUGAGCUGGAAGACAAUUACCUGGAGUACCUGCGUGAGGCGCGCCGUGGUGUGGACCGCUGUGUCCAGGCCUGCCGUACCUGGUCUGCCCCCUAUGACGGCGAGCGGCCCCCUCCUGAGCCCAGUCCUGUUGGCUCCCGGACUAAGAAGCGCAGCCUACUGCCCGAGGAGGGCAGGGACAAUGCGGGGGAAGGGGAGGAGGAAGAGCUGGGGAGUGGGGGGCUGGCUGGGGGUGCACGGGGAAGCCUUGGCCAUCUGCCCCCUCCCCAGCUCAAUGGGCUGCCAGGACCAUGGCCUGAGGGGGCCAAGAAGGUUCGUCGGGUGCCAAAGGAGGGAGCUGGGGAACCACUUGAGGACACCUCUGAGGGCAUGGCAGGACUAGAGGGCUUUGGGCAGGAGCUUCGGGAGCUUGAGGUGGCAUUGAGCAAUGGGGGUGCUGGCUCUGAGCCCCCUCUAGAGCCUUCACUACCUCUUGAGGAGGAGGAGGCCUACGAGAGCUUCACCUGUCCCCCUGAGCCCCCUGGCCCCUUCCUCAGCAGCCCUUUGCGGACUCUCAACCAGCUGCCAAGCCAGCCCUUCACUGGCCCCUUCAUGGCUGUGCUCUUUGCCAAACUCGAGAAUAUGCUGCAGAACUCCGUCUAUGUCAACUUCCUGCUGACGGGGCUGGUGGCCCAGCUGGCCUGUCACCCCCAGCCCCUGCUCCGCUCUUUCCUGCUCAACACCAACAUGGUCUUCCAGCCCAGUGUCAAGUCCCUGCUGCAGGUGCUGGGCUCUGUGAAGAAUAAGAUUGAGAGCUUUGCAGCCUCCCAGGAGGACUUCCCAGCACUGCUAUCCAAAGCCAAGAAGUACCUCAUUGCCCGUGGCAAGUUGGACUGGACCGAGGGCCCUGCAGCAGGACCUGCCCCCCGCCGAUCUGAUUCCCUAGUGAAGAGCCGGAGGCCGUCCUUGGGGGAGCUACUCCUGCGGCAUGCACACAGUCCAACCAGGGCUCGGCAGGCGGCACAGAUGGUUCUCCAGCCUGGGAGAGACGGUGGCGCAGGACUUGGCCUAGGUGGGGGCUCCCCUGGGGCUUCGACACCAGUCCUACCCCCCCGGGGUGGGGCCCCUGAGCGCCAAGGUGAGGCUCUGCGAGUCAAGAAUGCUGUCUACUGUGCAGUCAUUUUCCCUGAGUUUCUCAAGGAGUUGGCUGCCAUCUCCCAGGCGCACGCUGUCACCUCACCUUUCUUGUUGGAUACUUCCGAGGAGGGGUCUGGCCCUCCUGUCUCAGGCUUCGGGCCCCUCAAUCCUUAACUUUCUUCCAUGGACAAUCAGGGCCUUGGGUGGCCUGGGCUGGGGCCAGGGUGUAGGCUCCUUUUUAUGUUUGGAGGCAGUGGCAAGAGGACUUUUUAAUUUAUUUCUGAUGAAUGUUUUCUGGAGAACUUGUUGCAAUAUGUAUAAAAGGGAAAUCUCUAUUCUGUGCUCAUUUUUCUUUCCCACCCUUUAUCUGUGGGGCUGGGGCUCCAGGAAAGUUGUAAAUAGAUGGGGAAGUGGUCAGGGUGUUUUCUCUCUGGUGAGGACAUGAUACCAAGGUUUCAAGGUACCUCUUAUGCCUUUAGAGGGUGAGGGGACAAGAAGCCUAGAGAAAAAAGCUGGGACUUUUCAUCCUCCAGACCCCCACAGGAAGAAGCAGCAUGGGCCCAAAAUGUUUGGGGGAGCAGCAGUUGAUGUUUAUUGGGGACCAGUACCCCAUGUCAGAUCUUGGGGGCCUCGCCCCCUGCAUCUUUCGCCUCAGCUUCAUUCGUCGCUGUCGAACUCCGAGGAUAGACCCUGCAGCAGGGGCAGGGACAUGGAGUGCCGGUCGGGGUCCCCGGGGCCCCCACCCUGGGCUCCUGGUGGGGGGCUGCGGGGGCUGAAGAGCCAGUUCUCUGCCAGGGUUGGGGAUAGUCACAGCUUGACUCGUGCCCUGGUCUUUCUGCCUCCCUGGUCCCUCCCUCUGGUCUUCUGUCCUGUACCCACCCCCUCACCAGGACCAUGCUUCCAUCUCACCCUCCCCUGGCUCCCUUACUCCAUCCCUUUGACCAGGGUCCAGUGUGGAGUUACGUGUGGCCCACACAUUCCUGGGCUAUACUCCCCAUGCACUUUCCCUCCACCGUAUCCCAGCCCUCUCAUCUUCAUUUCCUCUAGCAGUACCUGACAGCAUCUGGGGGCCCCUUCGGAAGGGGUUUCGACCCUUGUAGGAGAAUCUGGUUGGUCUGCCCUCUGGCCCUUCUUGGGGAGGUGGCGUAGGUGGGGCUGGGACAGGUGGGGGCACAUCAGCAGCUUCGGGGAUGUCAUCAGAGGCUGAUGCAGGGGCCGAUGGUGGCAUGAUGCUGAGGUUGGGUCUGGCCCAGCUGGCCCCUUGGGGCAGUGGGUCUUUGAUCAGGGGCUUCUGUGGUCCCAGCACUCCCUUGGGUUGCAGUGAAAACUUGAGGCAGGAGAAGGCAAUAGGCAGUGAUCGUUGUAACCGGAGCAGCUGGGGCUCACGGGCUGUUGGCAACAGCCCCAGCUGUAGCCAGGAGCAGGAGAAGACCUGGUAGAUGAUGUAGAUGCUGUGGGUGCUUCGGAGCCAGGGAAGAGACUGCUGUAGGCUCACCUGCCCUGGUGGCAGCAGCAGGAAGGCCAUCUUCUUGCGUAGACCCCCCAUGUGUAAGCGGAUCCGGCAGGGCUGCCCAUCCAGCAGUCGCAUUUCUUCAUAGGUUAUCUCUGCUCGGCUGUUUGGUGAGUAUUCUCGAGUGCAGUGGGCGAAGGCACCCUCAGAGCCUGCCUGUUCCAAGAGGUUUGGUAGCAGCCCCACUGGUUGUAGUGCCCGCCGGCCCUGCCGACCUGGCAGAGCCAGGCGGCUGUGGGCUGGGCGGGACUGUUUCACUAGAACACCCAGUAGAUCAUAGCAGGCUGCAUCAGACAGAAAAGGUACUGCCACUACAUUGGGCCCAAAGCGCUCCUCGAUAACCUGCGGGCAGUCAGUAUAUAGGUCAGGGACUGAGAUGGGGCCAGGUUAGGAGUUAGUUAACCUGGUAGCCUGCUCUAGAUGGACCCUCCCACUGUCACUGUUCUUUAUACUCCACAAAGUGCUCACAGCGUGGUGCUUCUUGCUUGUCUCCGAGUUCUUCCUAUAGCAAAACCUGAAUGUCUGCUGUGUGCUACUCUGCUAGAUACAAGAGACUUUGUCCUUGUCCUAAAACAGCUCAGAGAGCAAACUGCAGAGCAGAUGAUUUAACAGCCUUUGUCUUUGAUUGAAGAGGAUCAAAGAUAGUUUCUAGGUGGUAAUACUUUAGCUUUGAGGGAAUUAGCAAGCUAAGAGAAUGGUCAGUCCAGGCAGAGGGAACAGCCAGUGAAAAAAGCUUGAACUUAGAAACUAAGAGGGGCAUAGUCAGGAACAGAUACUUUCAUGUUAAGUCUGGGGUAUGGAGAGGGACAGGAUACAGGAGCUCAGUUAUUCAAGGCCUUACGUGUGUGCUAACGGGAAUUUUACCCCGAGGACAGUGGGAAGCCACUUGAAGGGCUCUGCUUAGGAGGGGCACGAUUCAGGUAGGCAUUUUAGAAAGUUAGUUUUGUCUAAGAAGGCACAAAAUAGAGAAAAGUCAGUUAGCAUUGUAAAAUUCCAGGUAAGACAUGGUAAGGCCCUGAAGUAAAACCGUGGGGGAAGAUACUUAGGUUAUAGAAUUAGUAGGACUUGGUCACUUAAGGGGUGAGGGAAAAGGCAUCCUCAACGAUUAUUCUUAGGUGAUUGGUUAGAUGGGUGCUGUUACUAACCAAGAGUGGAUACACAAAUAGGUCUGGAAGUUCAUGCUUAUUAUACUAUGUUUAUAACCUCUUAGUAUACAUCUUCUGCCUGAGCUGAAGGAGAUAGUUCUUGUGUGGAUUUGAGGCCUCAUGUUUGUAAUACUAGUUCCAAUAGGCUUUUACGGAUCACAGUUCCUCUUGGUUUGGUCCUUCUUGUCUUGGCCUUUUUGUGCUUGGUUUUUGCCAUGGAAAUUUAUUAGGCCCUUAUUCUUACUCUGAGGGCCCCAAUGUUAUCCUAAAGUAGGAAUAAUAACGUGCUCAGCUCUGUGCUAGGGUGAGUGUGUUCUUGGCAGAGUCACCAUUUGAGACCAUUGCCUGCUUCCACUGUGCUUCUGGGUGGAAGUUCUGAGGACUUAGAGGCCUGCAAAUUUAGCCUCUCCCAGGGGCAGCCCAUGAAAAUGAUGGUGGAAGAUUAUCUUCCUGUAGGUACCUUGGUGGUUUGAAUUCUGAAUAGGGAGCCCUUGAGCCACAUCCUGUUUAGUGAGGUGUUCUACAAGUGCCCACUAACUCAGCAGUUCUGGAGAGAGGAAAUCAGGUCACUCAAACCUUGAAUUUGUCACAUAUCAUCAGUGAUUUAUCCUGUAUGUCUCUACCCUGACUUUCCUGACAAUUGUUCAUUUAAAUAGGACAGGGAGUUUUUCUGAUUCUCAGAGGUGGUGUAGCUUUCUGAUAGUUAAAGAGCUCAUUUACUUCACCCCAAUUGAUCAGGACCAUCCUUUCCCCUUGCUGAGACUAGUUGCUCUCAUUCUUGAGAGGACCUUGACUCUUCUCUUUCUGCCUGGGAAGCUGACCUCUGUGGUGAGCAAGUACUCCAUUUCAAAUGGGAGUUACGUGCCAUUAAGGCUGCUUUGAGUUUACUGGGCACUUCAAGAUGAUUGUUUUAAACUUGGUGGGUUGCCUUCUGCAAAGGCUUCAAAUUCACUUUAAUUCAGAUAACAUGACCAGAAUUGAUCCCUAAAUUCUCUAAUCUCAGAAAUUGUGGCCAUCUAAAUUUGGUGUGGUUUUUUUUUGGACACCGGCAACUCAGAUAGAGCUGAAAUCUGCCUGCUUCUGAAAAUCUGUAUAUUUUGGUUCAAAACCCAAGUUUCUCAUCCUGUGGAAGUUAAACUGGAGGGAAUAUCUGUGAAGAGGUCAAAGGUAAAGUUCAGGUUCUUUAGAAAAUGUAAAAGGCCUUUCACCAUUAGCCCCUGUACCUCUUCUUCCUCAUUUUCAUCACUACUUCUUUGAACUCUGUUCCAGAGGACUAUUUGCAGUUCACUAAUACACAUUUUUCUUUUCCCUUUCUUGAUGUUUGCACAUAUUCUACCUUUAGUUAGUACACUGUUCACUCACUCCCGUCCCCCUCCCCCCCAUUUAGGUGUUUCUUACACACUCUUUAUGUGCCAGGUAUUCCUCUUCCCUCCAUGUGAAUAACUUCUCCUUGUAGAGCUAGAAUGUUACUUACUCCAGGAAGCCUUUAUGACCUUCUAAGUCUGUCCCCAACACAGCACUUCUUCUUACUCUCUUAGCUCCCCAUUCAUUGUCUUUCAAGGAAGCUUUCUGACUGUUUUUGCAAUUGUAAUCAAAUUGGACACUUAGUGCAGUGCCUCACACAGAAGACAGCACUGAGUGAAUCCUAGUUGUUAUUGUCUUCACCCUUCCAACCUCUUCCUACUUACAAGCUGCUGAGACCUAUGUAGGUCACACUGUGUUGUUUCCUCUUUUGCCCUCUUUUCCUACCUUAUCUUUGAUGAGAGUCCAGGUGGCAUCAGCUUCAUCCAGUGUCAGCAGGUGGGGGGUACCAACCAACAUGACGGGGUGUGGGAGGGGUUAGGCAGGGCAGUGGCUGCUGCGGGACCCCAGGCUGCCCAGGGAGGCGAGGCCCCAGGUGCUGGACUCUGACCUACUGCAGCAUGAGGUCAUAGAGGUCCUGCUGGGUGUUGGGGCCUGGGGUGUGGAGAGGGCAGUCACUUUCAUAACCUCACUGUACCCGCAACCUGAGUGCAUACUUUUUAGUCAACCCGUUCAUUCUCCUGCUUCAGUGGGGGAGGAAGAUUGAGGUUUCCAUUAGGAUGUGUUUAUGUGUGUGUAUAGUUCUUGGUCUGAAUUCUUUAAGGAAACAGGAUCAAGCCUUUCCUCCUUAAAGCAAUUUGCAAUGCUGUUGUCAGUUGCAAAUAACUUCUUUGUGAGGUUGGAUUGGGGUCUUGAAAGACAUGGAGAAGCACAGAUCAGGACUUAAACUGAGAACAAAGCAGUGGUUCUGAACCUUGGCUGUACUUUGGAACGAACUGAAAGCUUUAGAAAUUACUAGUACCUGGAUCCUAUGCCCAAGGAUUUUGAUUUAACUGGUCAGGAAUAUGCCUGGGCAUCAGGAAUUCUAAAAGCUCCCAGGCAAUUCUAAUAUGCAGCCUAGGUUGAAACCCAUUAUUAAUGAGUGGGUUACAAUUGCAGUAAAAACCAGGUGUGUGUAGGAGGUUGCCAAGCUGAGCAGUGACAGUGUGGAGGAUAAGAAUCAAAUUGGGGUAUUGUUGCCUUAGUAACUGGAGAGAAUUUUCUGGAAGCCAGAAUUUCCCAGGUAAAUUUAAGAAAAAUUUUCUUCAUCCUCUAUUCCCUUUCCUGGGCUGCUUUGUAUCUGGUGGAUACUCUUUAUGGCCCUAAUCUCUGGUUUUCACUUGUUUCUCUGCCCCAAAAUCUCAACCUGUUGUUUUGCUGAAGAAGAGUGGUUUUUUCCCCUGGAGAAGAACCACUCUAGAGAGUCUUGCUAGUAGCUACUUUCCCACUCCACUCCUGUGUGCCUGUGAAGACCCCUAGCAUGUGGGGUGCAUCCUACCCUAUCCCUCCCCAGCAUGUCGGGUUACCCCACAAAGUUGGCCAUUGUCUGAGCUGGCUGAGGUGAUACGAGUAUGGGGCACUGGGAAGGGUCCUACCAAGGUGGGAGAGAGUGUUGUCAGGAAAAGUUUCCUAGGAGAGGGUUGCUCUUCCUAGACAGGGCUAGGAUAUCAGGUCUUUGAGCAAAGGUUUGACAGUGAGCAUGCGUCAUGGUCCAGGAGAAGAAUUAAUAUUCAAAUGUUUGUUAAAAUUGUGUUAGAGACUAUUCCAAACACUUCAAAUGAAUUAUCUUAGUGAAUCCUUUUAGUAAUCCUUGAAGUAGAUAGUGUCAUUUCUAUUUUAUGGGUGAAUUAACAGGCUCAGAGAGGUUAGAUAAAUUUAAUGCAAGGCAUACAGUGAGUUAUUGGAGGAUCUGGGAUUCAAAUCCAUUCCUGCCUGACUCCAGCUUUAACCAUUAACCAGUAGUUCUUUUUGGUGAAGGGAGAGAUCAACAUGUUCCUUCUGCUCACCUGAGUGUGUUGGGAGAGCUGUGUGCAGGUAGAAGUACAAUGCAGUGUGGUGAAAAGGAAAUGGGUAGGAUGAGAGAAGAGAUGCAGUAGACCAAACCAGAAAUCCCAAGUUUCUUGUUAUGUGAAACCAAGUCUCUCUUCCUUCUGGUGCCCCUUUGGCACAUUUUUAAUUAUGGUUGAUGAGGAGAGGUCACCUUGUAAAGUAUAGUUGGCACCUCUUUUUUCUUAGAAAGGAAUUCUGAGUGAGGUAGAUAGAGGUAGAGAGCAGACAAAGACAAGAUGCGUAGGGGAAGGCUGGCCAUCAGUGCAAGGAGACAGAUGCAGAGGGACAGAGACAGUGAGAGCUGCUGGGAGACAGAGGCAGGGAGUGACACACAUCUGUCUCCUGAGGGGGGAUCCAGAUUGAGAAGCAGGUGGAUGAAGCAGGUGCAGGUAUGAUGUGCUGUUGGUGAAAUCAGAUGAGGCUCUCUUUGCAGAUUUUUGUUCAUAGCGGGGGCUCAGAGGGGAAAUUGGGUACAGUUCAACUCCUUGGCCAGAAUCCUACACCUCUGUCUUCUCUCUCUUGCUGUCUGAUUACCAUGAUUCUCCAGACUCCCUAAUCCCUUAUUGCCCUACCCUAAGUAAAUCUGUCUUUCCUUUUGGCACAUAGAAUCUGAGACUGAAAAUUGCUGAAGGGCAAGAGAUGACAGCUGAGUUCUGGGUGGAAUUGAUGAGCCCGAGGACUGGGCUGUUUGGGCCUUAUCCUGUUCAUGGGUUUUUCCGCCAUUGUAGCACCUUCUGUGGUCUCCCUUGGGAAAGGGGCACAGCUCAUCAGCGUAUUUAAGGGGUGACCAGAGUGGAGAGCAUGAGGGGAACAAACAGGUGGGGGUUGUUAUCCAGAGAACAAUGCUGCUUUCUACAGGAACUUCUAGGGUAGUGUAGAAUGGUGUUGAUAGCAAAGACUUUAGAGUGACAAAGAGUCCUAACAGGUCUCUUCACUUCUCUUGGGCUACAGGGAUAAUCCUACAGGUCCCUAAUCCCUUAUUUGAAAUCUCCUGGGAUGGGUAUAUUUUGGAAUUCAGGAUGAUUCAGAUUUUAGAAAGGGAAUAUAGUGCCUUUAUGAUACGUAAAGGAGUACCCCAGUGAGAUUCAGGGCAGUGCCCUACUGUAAUCAAAUCUAUCAAUGUUUCUGUAGUUAAAUAUAUGAAUAUUCAUACUGAGAUAAAUAAAUAUUAUAAAUAUGAUCGUGACGGGUCAGGCCAGAUUUUGGGUCAAAGUUAUGAACAAGCUAUUGUUUCUUCAGAGAUUUUUUUAUUUUGGAAUUAUAGAUAAGGGAUUAUGGGCUUAUAAUCAUUCUCAGGUUGUUGUGGAGGAGUAAGCGUGCCAGAAAAGCCUUCUAAAUACACCACAUGGUAGGUAUGUAUGCAAUCUCAAUCCAAAACAAAAUAAAAAUGUCCAAGGGGGUGGACUUUUUGACUUACAGUGGACAAUGUAUGGCUUUGGACUCAGCUGCCUUGGGAGUUGUGCACAACCACAGAAUGAAGGUGCCUUAGAAGAGAGGCUUCCUGUGGUGGGCGGGGAACAGGAUUCAUUGCUUUUGAACAUUGGCUGCAUAUGAUUUCCCUUUUCAUGUACCAGAUUGGGAAGGUGUAUGUGUGUGUGUGUGUGUGCGCGCGCGCGUGUGCGUGUGUGUGUGUGUGUGUGUGUGUGUGUGUGUGACACAGGACUGUCACAUUUCUUUAUAUUUCUUUAUAAUAAUGUUGUAAUAAAUAUCUUACUGCAUACA